UAAUUGCCUUCCUUCCUUCAUUUCUUUCUUUCUUUCUUUGUAUUUCAAAAAAAGCUUCAAGUCUCAAUCGUGGUGUCAAAAUACCAUAUUCAUCUGAUCAUUUCAAUUCACAUUGUGUUUAAUUUGUGCAUUAUUCAUAGAAUUAAGAUGGCUGCUUAUGCAGCUCUAGUUUCUCUUAUGCGUAUCAUAGUUGAUAUUGAAACUCAUCCUUCCCCUCCGAUUUCUUUCGACAAAAAACAAGUAGAAUCUCUCAAACAAAUAGUUACCUUCUUGCAGGAAUUUCUCGAAAGCUACAAGUCACCCUACGAGUAUAGCGACGAAGCAGAUCCAUUGGAGAUUCGCAGUAUGGAUGCAAGUGAUACAGCUGCAGAUGUGAUUGAAUCCUAUAUAAUUGACACCAUUCAGCUUUCUGCAUCAGUAACUGAUGAUGGUGUUGAUGAACAAAUCCGUUGCAUCCACUUCUAUCAAGAUCUACAAAAUGUGAUAGAAGAAAUUGAUUUGAUCAAGAAAGAGGUGGCUGGGAUUAUGAGGGAGAAGGUAGUUCACCUUAGAAACUCAGGUUCUGAUGAUGCUGGUUUAAGAUCCAGUUUCACUGAGAAGAACAAUCUCAUGGUAGGGUUUCUUGAGCUCUUGAAUAGGCUUACUGAUGGACGUUCCUCUCGCCAAAUCAUCCCUAUUGUAGGGAUGGGUGGCAUUGGCAAAACCACUCUUGGAAAAGGUACGUUGGUACUCGAUCUUAUUAAGGAGCAUUUUGAUAUCUGUGUGUGGGCUACCAUUUCUCAACAUUAUAUUAUAGGACAACUCUUAGGCAAUUACUCAAUCAAGCUAGAGGGUACUUGAGCAAUGAAAGUGAAAAAGACUUGGGAGAAAUACUUUCCAAAUAUUUAUCAGGUAUGAGGUAUCUCGUUGUAAUGGAUGAUAUUUGGAGCAUAGAGGUCUGGGACAAGAUGAUGUUUCUCUUUCCUGAAUACAAUAAUGAGAGUCGAAUAAUAGUGACAACUAGAAUGUCAAACUUAUUUUCCCACUUGACUGAUAGCCACAUUAAGAUUGGAUUUCUAGACGAGGUUAGUAGUUGGACUUUGUUCUCCAAAAUUGUAUUUGGGGAACAAAGCUUUCCUACUCAACUGGAGACUAUUGGAAAGAAAAUCGUAGAAAAGUGUGAUGGACAUCCUUUGUCUAUUGCUAUGAUAGGGGGGUCUAAUGGCUAAAUCCGAACUUACACUAGAAUAUUGGGAGCGCAUUGAGGAAAACGUAAGCUCUAUAGUGAAUUUGGAGGAUGAUGGUUAUUGCUUGAGAAUAUUGAAAUUGAGCUAUAACCACUUGCCUAUCUAUCUAAAGCCAUGUUUUCUAUAUAUGGGAGUGUUUGAGGAAGACAUGGAAAUUCUUGCUUCAAGAGUCGUCCAACUAUGGGUUUGUGAAGGAUUUCUUAAACCAAUAGACAAUAAAAGCUUGAAAACAAUCGCCGAACAGUAUUUGAAAGAACUAGUGGAUAGGAAUCUAGAGUUCAUAGGUUGGGGAUACUUGGGAAUGUAAUAUCCUACAAAAUUCAUGAUUUACUAAGAGAUCUAUGUAUGAAAGAAGCUCAAAAACAGAGGUUUUUUUAUGUCUUGAGGAAGAAAGUCUUCAAGGAGUAAUUAGCCAACAGUGUAUUGUUAUUCCUAAAAGCACUUCAAAAGAAAAAAUCAAGGAUGCCUUAGAAUAUAUGACCCAUGCUCGUUCUUAUCUAGUACUAUGUGGUCUUAAAGAACUUUGUCAAUUCCCAAAUUCUAGAUUUUUGAGGAUAUCGCAUACGUAUGAUAUACUAAGUGAAGAGGAGUAUUCACAAAUGUUUGAGUUGAUGAACUCACGAUACCAUGCUUUUGCAAUUUAUGAGAAGUUUGUAAUUCCCUCUUCCAUCAAUCUGCUUUGAAAUCUCGAUACCCUAAUUAUACGUUGUUGGGAAGAUUUGAUUGCACCAAUUGAAAUCUGGAAAAUGUAUAAACUUCGGCAUCUCGAGUAUGAAUUUUGGAGAAUGCAUCUCCCGGAUCCUAUUAGAGUGGACGACGAUGAUAUUAUCAUCAUGGAGAAUCUAGAAGUGCUCAUAGGAGUGAAUAAUUUUAAUGUAAGUGAAGAUGUUGUUAAAAGAAUUCCCAAUAUCAAGACACUGAGUGUGAAAUACGAUGGGCAGCUAAUUGAUAUAGUACAAUAUCUGAGCUGUCGACGUUGUCUUAGUAAACUGGAAUCCUUGUCGUUGAUUGUCUACUCCACUGAUAUUGGAAUGCUGCAGAUCAACUUCCCACCCUCCCUUAUAAAGUUGAUUAUUCAACUACCACGUCGUUUUGAGUGGGAAGAACACAUACUGCCAAGUAUAGGUUCCUUACCACUUCUUGAGGAGCUCAGAUUACGUAGAGAUCGCUUCAGAACACGUGAGUGGGAAACAGUUGAAGACCAAUUCCAGAGUCUCAAGUCACUAAUAUUGUUUGAAUGUGAUGAUCUAGAAAAGUUGACAAUGUCAGAGAGUUCCCACUUUCCACGUCUUAUAAAGCUCCAUCUUUUUUGUUUAAAUGAAUUGAAGGAGAUUCCAUCAGAAAUCGGAGAUAUACCAACACUCAGGUCAAUUGUAUUGACAUAUUGCAAAGAAUUAGUGGUGUUGUUAGCUAAAGAGAUAUUAGAGAAACAAGAGGAUUUACAUGGAGAUCAACUAGACCUUCUUGUUCACGCUACAGUCCGGAAGGAAGAUGAAGCACUGGAGAAGUUGGCAACUUCCAAUUUUAAAGUUACAGAGAUGCGUUGAUGCAUACUUUGAUUUCACCCCUCUUCUUUUCUCUCUGUUUUUCCAGUCAAGUUUGCUCACUCUUUCGCUUCAAGUUGAUAUUUGCUUGUAAUAUGUUAAGCUCAAUUUUGGGCUUAGUAAAUGUGUAGAAGCCCUAUUAAUAGAUUUUGAAUGGAAGCUUAUUACUUU